CUCGAAGACCCUAACCGGCGUUAGUUCUUCCCUUGGCUUUGAGAGGACCAAUGCUGCAGUCCAGUCAUCCAUCAAAGCUGACGGAAUCCUGUUUUCUUGUGUGUGUCCCCCUGAAUCCACUCGUGUCUAGUCCCUAGCUGUACCGACCAUUUCAAUGUGACCUUAAGUCUUCUGCUCGCCUUCCUAUUCUUUCUAGAGCCCUUGCGCACGUGUGUCUUGUUACAGCGUUGUUGUACAACAUCAGCUCUGCAUUGUUCCUAACUUGGUUGCAGCUCCAGUUAGUAAUACUAUAAAGUAGCAUACUGCCAUGCCUAUAGCACACAACGGUAUCGCGCUGCGCCACUAAAUCUCCGCCAAGAUUAGAUAGACACUUAAAAAUAUCUUCAUGGGCAACUACUAGCGACCGGGAAGAGAUAAAGGAGCCGUCGCAUCCUCCCCCACACACAAUUCAAGCACUGGGAGAGGAGGUGAACGAUGCCCUAUCUUCUCGUUACUCUCUGUUGUUUGUUCGCCAGUCUAGGCUCCUUUUUAUUUGGGUAUGACUCCGGGGUUAUAUCCUCUGUUAUCGACCAGGAUUCCUUCAAAUAUCGCUUCCACAAUCCUUCUGAUGCAGCGACAGGGGGUAUCGUUGCAUCCUAUAAUGGCGGUGCCAUUCUAGGCUCGGUCUUGGUCUCCUACCUCUCUGACCCUUGGGGGCGAAGGCCUGUUCUCUUCACCGGCGGCCUCCUCGCUAGCCUUGGGGCCGCGUUGCAGGCUGGCGCUGUCAACGUGUCCAUGCUCAUUGCAGGCCGUUUAAUCGCUGGUCUUGCUAUUGGCUUGAUGUCUGCCAUUAUCCCAGUAUAUUGUAGUGAGCUAUCUCCUCCCCGUAUUCGUGGCUUCCUAGGUUCACUGCAGCAAUGGAUGAUUGGGCUCGGAGUUGUUGUAGCUCAAUGGGUGGGAUAUGCCUGCUCUCUCCGUACGGGAAAUUUCAGUUGGAGUUUCCCCUUGGCAUUUCAAGCAGUCCCCGCCGUGAUUCUUAGCUGUGGCGUCUGGUUUCUCCCUGAAUCACCUCGUUGGCUUAUAGAAAAGGGCGAUCCAGAUGCUGGUCGGGCGGUUCUGAACCGCCUCCAUCUACCUAAGGGUCAGCCGAACGCUCUACCAGUCGACGCGGAAUUUGAGCGAAUCUCCGCGGGUAUUGCGGAGGCCCGGCAUUCAGCCAACCACUCAUGGCGACAGCUUCUGUUCACACAGCCUAAUUGGCGCAAGCGUGUGCUGCUUGCCUGUGGCAUGCAGGCUUUUACACAAUGCUCGGGCACGAAUGUGCUCCAGAACUAUAAUCCUGGUCUAUAUCGCUCCUUGGGCUUGUCGCAAUCCACUUCGCUCAUCAUGCAGGGCAUCUGGGGUGCAUUGGCCCAGUUUUGGAACACCGUAUUCAUACUCUUCAUUGAUCGGGUCGACCGUCGCAAGCUUCUCAUUCCGUCGUUGCUGGGUAUGGGCGCCACCAUGUGCGUGGAGGCUAUCCUGGGGCAAGUGUAUAAUAACUUUGAAAGCGUGGCGUCACCGAAACACAGUGCCGUUCGUGCUGCAAUCGCUGUUUUCUUCGUUUUCUCGUUCUUUUAUACUAGUCUCGGGCUCAUCUCUUGGAUCUAUCAAUCCGAGAUUUUCCCCACUGCCAUUCGCGCCCGAGGCUCUUCUGUAGCCACCGCCACCAAUUGGAGUCUGAAUUUGGUUUUUGCUCAAUGUUCGCCGAUGGCCCAGUCGCAAAUUCACUUCAAAUACUUCUACUGUUUCGCGGCCUUCAACUGGGUUGCGGCGGGUCUCGUCUGGGCCUUGUAUCCGGAGACGGCCGGCAAGUCGCUCGAGGAAAUUGACCGUCUCUUCACUCCAGAAACUUCGAGGCCCGCAUAUGAUGCAGACAAACCUCACAUUUCAAUGUCAAAUUCAAGAGAUAAGGAUACUUCCAUAAACUGAGCAGAACACAAUGUUUCUGCCACCUCCAAGGAAUCACAUCAUACAGUAUAUAGAUGAGCUUAUGACUUGAUGUCACCAGAAAUAAUACAAUGUAAUUAAUUCAAGAAGGCAAUUGGGCGAUCACAAAACAGAACAAGCAGAUCACGAAAUUAG